AUGAAAAUUUUACGGACAGCUGAUUUUUUUGGAGCUCCUUUUGUCUAACAAAUUGAUCCAAAACAAUCAAUUUAUAAAAGUGCUUUUGGAGGAUUAGUUACAUUACUUAUUUGUUCAGCAAGUCUAGCAUACGCUAUUUGGGUGCUUUACAAAUGGCAAAACAAUCAAUUAAGCCCAAAGAUUUCUAAUUCAAUGUAUGUAUCUGAUUUUUCAUUGUUGGAUCUGAAUUAUGAUGUUAUAAAAUUGUAUUAUUGGAGAUUCGGAGAAAAUCAGAUAGACCCAUUUGAAUCUAAAAUAUUAUUGCCAUUAGUUAUGUAUACAACUAAUUUUAGCUUUUCUGAGCUUUAAGUUAUAUAAAUGUCAAAUGAAACAUCUGUUGAUGGAACAUAAUACUACUUACCAAAAAUGAGCUUAGCCUUUUAAAAUAUUAGUGGUGUAAUUUAUACCUCAUCUGAAAUGUACAUUUAAAUAGCUAGAUGCUCUUAAAUUUAUUUAAAAGAAGAUGAAAAAUGUGCAUCAGAUGAAUUAAUAGAAGAGUUUUUUUCUUAACCUUUAAAUACAAUAGUAUUAUAAGUACAUUAGAAAUAACUGAAUUCUCUCGAUGGAAGUGUUUAAAAUAGUGUACAAGAGUUUUACAUAUAAGUUGAAAAAUAAAAUUGUUAUACUCUCAAUACCUUUCUUUAAAGUAACUUAUAUGAACUCUAAGAUUCUUUUUUAUUUGGGUAUCCAAGAUAUCUUGAAUUUAUUAAUGGAGCAUUUAUAUAACCUUAAACAAAUUCAGUUGAAUAUUGUAAACUAGCUUAUGAAAACGAUAUACUAGGUUUAAUCUACAUUGUAAUGAAAGGAAAUUAAAUCAAAACUAUUUUUGAAUAUCCUCAUGCUGGUGAUCUUUUAGCUAAUAUUGGUUCAAUUGUAUCUGUUCUCUUCAUGAUUAAACAUAUAAUUAUAAUUAUUAAUGAAUACUAUCUAAAUCAAAAAAUACUAAAUUAACUAAUCUAAUUUUAUUAUCCUGAAUUUAAAAAUAUCACUAUUUAAAAAAAUUGGAGAUAAAAACCAGUCAAAGUGGUUUUAAAUAAAUAUCAAGUAGAUGUAAAUGAAUUUUUAUAAUUUCAUAAGAAAGUAUAAGAUUAAAUGUAAAACAAAUUAAGUUAUUUGAAUUUAUUAUAUGAAAUGUCCAGAAUUUACUUUAUUAUAAGAUCAUUUAAAUUUAGAGAUGAGUUAAAAAAGUCUCAUUAAAUAGGAAUUAAAAUUAAUUUGUCUUAAUCUAAAAUGAUGAUUGAUUCGAAUCUAAACUAUAAUUGGACAAAUAGAUCAUAAACCUUUUCGCAACUCAAUGAUGAAGAUGCUGAUUUAUUAUCCCUUUCUAAUAAGGCUAAAGAAAUUCACCCUUCAGUUCCAGAUGAAAUUUGUAUUGAUAAGGAUUUCUAUGAAAAUAAUAAAAUAUCAUGA